AUGGGCAACGCAUACACGAUUGAAAUGCCCCGUAAGAUGCGUACGCAUCCUACGAAUUACGUCGGUCGUCUCCGCACGUAUUAUCAGUACGAGCCCGAUUCGAGAUGCGAAGAACACCUCCGCGGUCGAGAGCCGAGACCACCUACGAGUGGUCCCAUUUCAACGAGCCAGUCUGGUCGACCAGCGAAGCGACCUGCCGACGCAGCUGAGCGAUCUCCUGAAGACGAUCGUUCGAACGAUCGUGCGUUAUGGAAUUGUAAUUAUCCCUUACAAGAUCCUCAAGCCUAUAACUCCUAUUCCGUUCAUGAGCCAGGUCAUCUUGCAACCGUUCCGUUACACAGUUCAGCUCCUGAACAUCAAGAUGAUCUGGCCCUCGAGCCGGAUCAGGUGAUCCCGCCACCACCGCAUCCUUUGGUGGACUCAGGCGGUGUUCAACGCUUUCUUGUGGAGCGUAUUUUGAACCACCGCGACGUGAGUGGCUUCCGGACGAAUUACCUCGUCCGCUGGCAUUGCUAUUAA